UUUCGAAUGUUUAAAGUCUUUUUAACACUCAUCAACAACGGACGUAAACGCGAGAAACAAAUAAAAUCAAAAAGUGAAAAAAAAUAUAUAAAAAUAAAGUGAAAUUUAUUACUAAAGUCAAAAAGAAUAGGAAAACGUAAUUACUAACACAACACAAAACAGUUCAAUAAAUCUCAUUAAAUUAAUCAUUCAACAAAAAUGAAUUUACAUAAUCCGGCUUUUGUACUGGGUCUAUUUACAGUAUGGUUGAGUCUGAUGGAUUUCACUAUGUCCUUUCCCGCAUUGGUAAUGCCACGUUUACACAGAUCCGUCGAAGCAGAAUUGGAAACAAAUAACAAGAAUAUGGGUUUUCCACAGACUGAUGAUGAUGUUUUACAAUUGGAACAAUUACGUGAAGUUCAUAAUGACGAGAUGGGCAACUUUAAUCAUCAAAAGAAGGAUGAAUUAGUGGCUGAUGAAGUGGUUCCUUUAGCUGUGCAAGAUUCUUUACCCGAACUGGAACAACAGUUAGAAUCAGCUAAACCAGAUAUACCAAGCACUCAAGGUCCUGCCCAGGUUGGUGUGGAAAAUGUGGGUGAAACUCCGGAAGUACCGGCCAAUGAGCCCAAAGGCAUGGGUGCCCACCGUCCACCCACUUUACAGAUACAUGAUGGCGGCAAAGUUGAAAAUAAUGGUGACAAACCCAAAGCAAAGUGCCGUUUGGGUGGUAUGCAUGGAGCCGCACGUUUAGUCUAUGGCCAAAACCCCGAAGUUCUUCCCACAACUACUGCUUCCACCACAACAUCUACUACAACCACCACUACCACAACAACACCAGCUCCUGAAGCAAAUUCUGCCGGUUCGGCCGAAGAUGAGACGGACGAUGAUGAGGAUGACAGUGAUGAUGGUGGCAAUGAAGAUGAAAAAUCUUCAGAUACAGUAGAUGAAGCCGUGGAAGCACCAGUAGAGGGACCAUCUGAAAAUCAAACUCCCCCUGAGGGCGGGGAGGCCCCUCAAGAAGUGCCAGAAGCACCUGAAAAUCAAGAGUUACCCGAGGAAACUCCCGUUACACCAGCACCAGCUCCUCCACAACUACAUCCCAUGAGACCCAUUAAAUCCAAUAAGAAAACUAAUAAAGAGGAAGAACCCGAACGCCAGCUAAUAGGUGAUGUUAUUGUAGAUGAAUCGGCUCUACGUAAAUCAGCUGCUCGUCGUUCGGUUGCCCAUAUGACUCCCAAGACCGCUGAGAGUUUGUUGAGACAUGGCAAUGGUCAAUAUUCCUCAUUCGAUAUGGCUCAAUAUGUUUUCUGGACAGGCGAUGAGGCUGGUGUGGCAAGAGCAGUAGAAGAGUUAAUACAACAGGAUUUGAUGACUCGUGAAGAUGCUCUGAAAUUCUUGCAUGAAAUACGUGUCGGUAUUGAGUAUUUGCAAAAAUCCUAUGCAAAUCGUAUAUUCCCCGAGGAAAUCAGACACAAUACCAUUAAGAAAAGUUAUAUACCCCAGACAUUGCCUACCACAACAACCACCACAUCCACUACCACCACAACUGUUAAACCAACUUUACCUUAUUUGAAUUUGGAACAGAAUGUCGAUACCGACAGUAUAAAUCUUGCUAAAACAUUGGACAGUAUUUCUUUGUGGCACAAAUUACAGGCCAUGAAUAAUGCCGAAGGCAGACAAGAUAUUACAGAAUAUGAAAGCGAAACUAGACGUCCGAAAAUAACCGACUGUCAGCAUAAGGAAUAUAAUUUGGAGGAAAUUAUCUACAAAUUAGCUCGGAUAAUGUUUACAGAAUCUUUAGCUCAUGGAGAUGAAGCUCAAAGAGAGAUACAAAAACUAAUGGACUUCUUUGAAAGAGAACAUGAAUUGGGUAUCAUACCAUUGGACUUAGAACAGAAAGUUAUACAUGUCCUGUUGCAAGCUUUAUCUGAUACUUUAACCGAAAAGCCUGAAUUGUGGCCCGCAGCACAAUAUCCCUACAAUCGGCUCUUGCGUUCAUAUGCUCAUAUGAAUUAUGCCCGACCCAGUCCCUCUAAUGUUUAAAACAUUGGAAUGAAUGACACUUUGUCAAAAUAAAUAUAAUAUAAUAUAAUACAACUAUAAUCAAAUCAACCAAGUUACAGCAUACAAAUUUAUAUUCUAUAUUAAAGAAAUCAAUAAAAUCAAAAACACUUUUUUAAAGAACGUAAAAGAUAAAAACUCCAUCAAGUUAACACCAAACUCUAAAUCUGAUACAGGCGCUUAAUUAAUAGAAAAAGCUUUUUUCCAAACAGCUUUAGAAUGUGUGUUAAAAUAUUUUUUUUAAAUCACUCACACUCACGUGCUAACUCCGUAUUAAAUAAAAAGGAUGUAAAGAAUUUAUUGAAAGAAUAGGAUCAAAAUCAAAAUGAUUAUAUUUAUAUUUAAAAAUAAAAAAAUAUAUUAAAAUAUUGUCCUUAUAUGUAUAUUAUCAAAUAAUAUAUUGUAAAUUAAUUAGUUAAUCUUUUGUUUAAUGUAUUGGUGUUUUAAAAACACUAAAACAAUUUUAUAAUUUAUCAUUGUUUUCUUUAAAGCGUUCACAUUAUGUGGAGAGUAAAAAUGAGAAUUUCAUUUUGUUUUGUGAAUUAAAAAUAACUGGAGAUAAACUCAUAGAGUUUAAAGAAUCACAAAAAAAUAACCUUUAUGUGAGCACAUUAUUGAUAUACUUUUUUAAAACGUAGAUAAAUUCACCGUAUUAUUUAUUUUAACUCAAAUUUAUUGUAAACUAUUAUGAAAAUAUAAAAUUCCAGGAAUUUUUUAAACAAAUGUCAGACUAAUUGUUAUGAGCUUUAUAUGUCACAUUGUAUAAUUGUAAAUGAAAUUUAUUUUAAUUAAAUAUUAUAUAUAUUAAAUCACAAUUGUAGAUAACAAGUAUAUUAGUUAGUAAUACGGAGUUUAAUCAAAAGGAAACAAACACUGAAACAAAUUCUUAAUAAUUAAAUUUAACAUACAACUUUAAGAGCAACUAAAAAUCAAAUAAUAAUGAAAUAGUUGUUAAAUUAAAUGCAUACAAAUAAACAUAAUUUUCCUUCCUUAUAUGUACUACUUUUGUUCUACAUACAAUACAUACAUAUAUUCUUAUUUCUGUUUAAAGCUAUAAACCAAUAAAAUAUAUAAUAAACUAAUUUUAGUUUUAGUUAAUAAUAAAAAAC